CUAAGGAACUUGACUCUUGAGGGCUGAGGCGGAGACUGAAAGGAGCGGUUGGGUGAGGCGGAACCGCCGCUGAAACUAUUCGGGGGCUGCAACCGCUGCAUCAAAGGAUGAAGUGUUGGACACUGGUCAUCGCCGGACGGACAAACAACAAAUCGUCGACGUCCGGCGGCUUAGCUUGGCGGCUUAGCUUGGAAUCAACACAAUCAAAGAUCGAAGAGUCAGGGGAGGUGAGCAGGCUUGGGGGCUGGUAAGUGAUGUGGUGGAGUUGGUAGUGUGGCGGUGGAGUUGAUAGUGUGCCAGUGGAGUUAGAACUGCAGUGGCGAUGGUGGUGGUGGCAGUGUGGCAGUGGUGGCACUGUGGCAGCAGAGUUGGGAUUGUGGCGGUGGUAGCAAUGUGGUGGCGAAGUUUAGCAGUGUGGCAGCACUGCCACACUGCCAACUCCGCUAACCGUUAUUCUCGAACUCAAAUCCAUUGCUUGGUUUUGAAAAACAGGUUUUUGUCUGAUGUAUAUGUGGGCAGUUCUCUGGUUGCGCUUUAUGCGAAAUGUGGCUCACCUCAGGACGCCUGCAAACUGUUUGAGGAAAUGCCUUCGAAGAACGCAGUGUCGUGGACAACAGUAAUCCAUAUUUUUUCGCAGGUGUUUCAGGUGGAUGCCUGUUUGAAACUGUACAAUGAAAUGAGGAGCUCUGCAUUGAGGCCUAACGAUUAUACGUUCACCUUCUUGCUUAGCGCUUGCACGGGUAGUGGGUGUUUCGGUCAAGCUAAGACUGUUCAUUGCCAAAUAAUAUGUAUGGGUUUGGAUUCUCACGUUCAUGUUUCGAACGCUCUUAUCUCCAUGUACUGUAAAGGUGGGGGUAUUGACGAGGCUCACUAUAUAUUUCAGAAAACCAUGAAUAAAGAUUUGGUUUCUUGGAACUCGAUGAUUGCAGGGUGUGCCCAGCACGGGCUUGCGCCAAAAGCUAUUGAACUUUUUGAACAAAUGAAGGAUCAGAAGGUAAAACCCGAUUCCAUUACUUUUAUUGGGAUUCUAUCAGCUUGCCGUCAUGCUGGACUAGUCGAACAAGGAUGGUUUUAUUUCAAAUUGAUGGGGUUUUAUGGCGAGAAACCAGCGCUGGACCAUUUUUCAUGCAUUGUGGAUCUUCUUGGACGGGCAGGGAGGGUAGGCGAGGCCUGUGAUUUGAUCAAGAGCAUGCCUGUGAAGCCGAAUGGGGCUAUAUGGGGUUCAUUGCUCAUGUCCAGUAGGAUUCAUGGAAAUGUGGAGGUGGGGAUUGAGGCUGCUGAGAAUAGGCUGGUGCUCGAACCGGGGUCCACUGCUACGCACUUGCAGUUGGCAAAUCUAUAUGCAAGUAUUGGGUUAUGGGAUCAAGCUGCCAGAGUAUGAAAAGAGAUGAAAAACAAGUCCCUUAAGAUUGAUCCCGGGUAUAGUUGGAUUGAGAUAAGGAAUGAGGUUCAUUAUUUUAGAGCAGAAGACAGCUCGUUUGCACAGUUGAAUGAGAUCGUUCCGGUUAUGGAAGUUUUGGCAGAUCACAUGAGAGAUCUUGGGGAAAAAGUCUCCUUUGAGGUUUUUAGUUCUCAAUGAAAAGUUUGAUGAAUUAAAGAAAGAUUAUGUGUUUAA